AUGAUGUUACGAGUGGCCAAGCGGUUCCAGAGCAACGCCCCGCUCUACCUCAACCCCCACAUGUGGCAGGGCCUCCCUGCCGACCAGGUGUUUGAGCUCCACAAGCUCCGGCAGCAGAAGUUGGGCGACAAGUACACCCCGACCGAUGAGGAGCGCCACGCGGUGCUCUCGACGGUGUCGGCGCUUUCCCUGGGCAAGCAAGGGCCCAAGCUCGACUACGUGUAUGCCCUCGACAACUUCAAGGAGAAGUACAUGAACAACGUCCCCGUGGCCCAGAGAUCGGACGCCCAGAAGUUGUCCAACGUCGAGGUGUUAGGCCGCGGUGACACCCCCCACAUCAAGCGCCGCCACGAGCACUUGACGAGAGUUGCGGCCUACGAGAUGCCGUUGCUCGCCAAGUUUGCCCAGGAAUACGUCCCGCUGAAGCCGAAGGAACUGCCGCUUCAAAUGACCUACCACACCGACUUCAGCGACGACUCCACCCUGAAAUUCAACCGCAAGGUGCUGGUGCAAGUAAGACUUGCCGACUUGGCGUUGACCAAGCCUCAGCAACACAAGUUCAAGCUUUUGGCGGGCAACAAGUUCAACUUGGACACCAACGUGUUCCACAUGCUGUGCUCCCGCUACCCGGAGUCGGCGCAGAACGCCAGAUUCUUGGUGGAGACUGUUGGAAAGCUUGUGGAAGCGGCCAAGGACUCUAGUGACGACUUUGCUGAUAUCCCCGUCGACCCCAGACACAUGCGCUACCACAUCAAGAAGCCUCAACCUAAGUUCCCCGAAGAAUGGAAGCGCCCCGAGGACGCCCCUCAGGCCAAGCACAAGGUGGUGAACCGGUUGGUGGACCAGGUCAUCGCCAAGAAGGACCAACAAUACUUGGACGACAUCUCGGCGUAA